GCUUUCGUAAACAUCUCCAUUAUCGCAAGUGAUUAGAUAAGUAAGUCGCUCUCGGCUGGAUUCUGUCAAGUUUCGUCGGCAUGAUAACACCGUGGCUACUGGUUUUGCUAGGGGUGGCAAUCGCAAACGGUGGUGUGACCAAAGAGAGGAAUUCCUCGCGAGUGGUCAUCGUUGGUGCCGGCGCGGCGGGUUUGGCGGCCAGUAAGCGUCUGCUCGAUCAUGGAUUCGACGACUUCAUCAUUCUGGAGGCGAACGAUCGAGUUGGGGGUAGAAUCCAUAGUGUGAGGUUCGGGGAUGCCAUUAUAGACCUCGGUGCCGAGUACUGUGCCGGAGAGGGCGUGUACAACCUUGUCAAGGACCUUGGCGUGUUGAAACCGAAGGGGACCGUCAGCAACGGCUACCACUCCACCAGCGGAAGCUUAGAACCUACCUUCACGAAUGGGUUGUUCGGUGUUCACUCGAUACUCGAGUCCGCCGAGAAGGACAACCGAAGCUCCAGAGCGGCGCACAUCCAGAAAUUCUUUAAAUCCGCCGUCGUGCAAAUCUACGGCGAUGAGCACGAGCGCCAUCUAGCGUACGAUUGCGUCGACCUCAUCGAGAAGAUUAAUUUGAUUUACGCCUCCGCCUUUUUUCUGGAAGAUCUUUCGGCGGCCGAUUCCCACGUCGACUAUCCGGGAAAGGUGGUUUACAACUGGAACGGUCACGGUUUUCAGACGGUCCUAAGAGCCUUACUAAAGGACCAUAAUCUAGACGAUAGGAUUAACCUCAACAGCGCAGUGAGAAAAAUCGAAUGGGGUUCCGAGGAGGUGAAGCUCACGACUUCGAACGGGGCGGAGUUCUUCGCCGAACAUGUCAUACUAACUCCCUCUCUUGGCGUGCUAAAACACAAGCGCGCUAUCUCGUUCUAUCCUCCUCUGCCCGCCGAAAAGGUGGACGCGAUCGAUAUGCUCGGCUAUGGAACCACAAACGCCAUCGCGCUUUACUUCCCCGAAAGGUGGUGGACGAAUCCGAACAUGGUGUUCAUCUUCAGCAAGACCGGCGGCGGAGUGAGCGGGUUCACGGAGGGUCCGAGAAGGAACGGCAAGUCGUGGUUGGACACGCUCUUCGGCUUCACCGCACUCGAGCAGAAUCCGAACGCGCUAUUCGCGAGCUUCACGGGGGAGUUCGCCCCGGACAUAGAGCUGUGCAGCGACGACGUCAUAAUCGACGGCAUCAUGUACGCCAUACGGAAGUUUGUUGGCGUUAACGCGACGAGACCUACGAAAUGGUUGCGCCGCAACUGGUACCACGAUCCGAGCAUGCGCGGCACGUACUCCUACGAGACGGUGCGGUCGUGGAGAAACGGGGCCGCAAGAGAGAACCUCGCAAAACCUCUCGCGUCGAGGGCCGGUCGGCCUCAACUGCUGUUUGCUGGAGAGGCAGCGCAUCGCGAGUACUAUGCCACGGUUCACGGGGCCUUCGAAACUGGUUACAGAGAAGCGGAGAGGAUAAUAAACUGUUAUGGUCCUACUAAGAAGAAUUAGUGCAUUAUAAAUUGUUGGUGGCAAUAAAAUCAUAUGACGCCUUU